UUAGCCGUUCCAUUUUCACUGAUCUUCUCAGAAGUUGAUAACCUUCUUUUGCUAUUCCAACAUCAAAAUUUGAUAGUUCAGCUUCACAAAUCAUCCUUAUUUUCUUCCAUUUCCAAGCUAAUUCAAUCCCCCAAUCUUUAUCAAAUUGCAAAAAGACCUCAAAAAUGUGAAAAAGGGUGAGUCUUUCCUCUAUUUCUAUAAUUUUUUCCUCAUAUUUAUUAACCCCAAAACAAAUUUUAAGAUGAAUUCACCAUUUGGGGUUUUCCCAGAUGAAGUAAUUCUUCAGAUUCUUGCUAGAUUACCUGUUAAAUCACUUUAUAAGACAAAAAUUGUAUGCAAAGUUUGGUACAAAUUAAUAUCUGAUAAAUACUUUACAAAUCUUUAUAAUGAACUUUCAGUGAAGAAUCCUAUGGUACUUGUUCAGGUCAGUGAGCCCUCAUCUGAAUCAAGAUCUAGUUUGAUUUGUGUUGAUAAUUUAAAAGGGGUAUCUGAAUUUUCAUUGGAUUUUGUUAAAGAUAGGGUCAAAGUUAGAGGUUCUUGUAAUGGUUUAUUAUGUUUGUCUAGUAUUCCUGAUAAGGGUGUUUAUUAUGUUUGUAAUCCAUUGACUAGAGAAUAUAAAUUGCUUCCUAGAAGUAGGGAAAGGCCUAUUACAAGGUUUCACCCGGAUGGUGAAGCCACUCUUGUUGGUUUGGCUUGUGAUUUGAUAACACAAAAGUACAAUGUGAUUUUAGCUGGUUAUCAUAGGUCAUUUGGUCAUAGGCCCGAGAGGACGUUUAUAUGCAUGGUUUAUGAUUCGGAGUCGAACAAGUGGAGGAAGUUUGUGUCGUUGCAGGACGAUCAAUUCACGCGUAUGAAUAAGAACCAAGUUGUGUUUAUUAAUGGUGGAUUGCAUUGGUUGACGGAUAGUUGUUCGUGUAUGCUUGUUCUUGAUUUGGCUACUGAUGUUUGGAGGAAAAUACAAUUGCCUGAGGAAAUUAGUUGUGGAGUUAGGAGUCGGGUUUAUUUGUUGGAAUUGGAUGGAUGCUUGUCUGUGAUUCAGAUAUACGAGGCUUGGAUGGUUAUUUGGGUAAUGGAAAAUUAUGAGAGGGAAGAAUGGCGAAUGGUGGACAAAGUGAGUCUUCGUUGCAUUAGAGGGAUGGUACCGGGCAUUUUCCCAAUAAGUCAAACUGGCAACUAUGUUUACCUUGCUACACAUAAGCAAGUUUUGAUAUAUCAAAGAAACAGCCGUGUAUGGAAGGAGAUGUACUCUGUAAAGGACAGCUCAACCUUGCCUUUAUGGUUCUCCGCUCAUGCCUUUAGGAGCACUCUCUUUUCUUGCCAUUGAUCCGAGGAUUUUAUACAUCUUCCUUUUCAACAGUUGUACAUAAUGCUAUCAUUAGUCUAACUCCCAUCUCCUCGAGCGGUCAUUGUCUUGAUAUUCUAUCACACUAUGUAUGUUGCAUGGAACCUCAAAGGUGGUUAUGGCAUGGAUGUAGCCAGUUAUAUGUUGACUUAUGGGGAGAAUGGAAAAUGGUGGAAAAAGUGAGUCUUCGAUGCAUUAGAGGGAUGGUACAGGACAUUUUCGCUAUAAGUCGAAUUGGAGACUACUUUCACCUUGCUACGCGUAAGCAGGUUUUGAUAGACUUUGUAAAGGAUACCUCAAUCUUGCCUUUAUGGUUCUCUGCACAGUCCUUUAGAAGCAGUCUUUUUUUCCUGCCAUUGAUCCGACAAUCAUGUACAUUUUCUAUUCAACUGUUGUACAUAUGCUAUCAUUCUUCUAAUUUAUCUCUUUGAGUAGUCAUUGACUUGAUCUUUUUAUCAUACUGUGUAUGAUUUGUGGAACCUUUAAGGGUGGUUUUGACAUGAAUGUAGUGAAUUUAUAUGUUGAUAUGUUUUCAGUA